UUACCUCGAAAGAAACAGACGGAAACAGAGACUCCUGCAGCAAUACCCAAUUUUCAAAGCUGAACAAUCAUCUCCUGGACGUCCUCACUGAGUCUUGAUGCCAAAAGCCUUUCAAGAUGAAAGAAGAACAGGGAUCAACUCUGAAACAAUCUGAUGAGAAAUCGGUAGUGAUGGACUUGAUGCAGUUUAAGGAACUGGAUGCCCAUGCAUUGAAGGUGGAUUUCAAGGAUAGUGUGGAAAACCUGGUGAGUGUCUUGCAUGAGAAAGCCCACAGUGACCUGGAGAAAGUGCGAGCCAUUUGGAUGUGGAUUUGCCAUCAUAUUGAAUAUGAUGUGGAAGGCUACCGUAACAGAGAUAAGGCGUUUUAUAAGCCAGCUGAUGUCCUUCAGUCAGGAAAGGCUAUUUGUAGUGGAUAUGCUCAACUCUUUGAAGAAAUGUGCAGAGUUGCAGGGAUACUAUGCAAAUAUUUGGUAGGCCGCAGCAGAAAUGACGACUUUAAAGGGAAGAGCCGCCAUGCCUGGAAUGCUGUUUAUCUUGAUGGAAAGUGGCAUCUUCUAGACUGCACAUGGGCGAGCGGUUAUGUGGAUGACUCCUAUAGCAAGUUCACCUUCAGCUAUAAGGAGUUUUACUUCCUCACCAGUCCUGCUCUGUUUAGAAAGAAUCACUUCCCUGAUGAGGAUGAGUGGCAGCUGCUGAAGCAGAAAUGGAAUAUAAUAUACCUAGUACGGUGGUACCUCGGGUUAAGUAUUUAAUUCGUUCCGGAGGUCCGUUCUUAACCUGAAACUGUUCUUAACCUGAAGCACAACU